UUUUUUUAAUUCCUUCAGAGGAUAAUGGCCUCCUAUGCUUUGCAAAUCGCUGGGCUGGUGCUCGGGGGCGUGGGCAUGGUGGGCACGGUCGCUGUCACCAUCAUGCCGCAGUGGAGAGUGUCUGCCUUCAUCGGAAGCAACAUCGUGGUCUUUGAAAACCUCUGGGAAGGGCUGUGGAUGAACUGCAUGAGACACGCUAACAUCCGCAUGCAGUGCAAAGUCUACGAUUCCCUGCUGGCUCUGACUCCGGACCUCCAGGCAUCCCGGGGCCUGAUGUGUGCGGCUUCGGUGCUGUCUUUCUUGGCUUUCAUGACAGCCAUCCUGGGCAUGAAGUGCACCCGGUGCACUGGGGAGGACGAGGGGGUGAAGAGUCGCAUCCUGCUGACCGCUGGCAUCGUGUUCAUCAUCACGGGCAUCGUGGUGCUCAUCCCCGUGAGCUGGGUGGCCAACUCCAUCAUCAGAGACUUCUACAACCCCAUCGUGGAUGCUGCUCAGAAACGGGAGCUGGGGGAAGCCCUCUACAUAGGCUGGACCACGGCGCUGGUCUUGCUGGCCGGAGGGGCACUGUUCUGCUGUGUGUUUUGUUGCACUGAGAAGAAGAGCAGCUACAGGUACUCCGUCCCAUCGCACCGCACAACCCCCAAGAGUUUUCAUAUGGAAAAGAAGUCACCCAGCAUCUACUCCAAAAGUCAGUAUGUGUAGUUUUGUGCGUGUCUGUGUCUAAGCUUUGCCUAUGAAACCGUGCCUGCAGGUCCACUCUUUUCUAAACCCAAAUGGGCCCUGGGAACCUUGAUUUGCCAUUCUUAAUUGCCUACCAUUAAUCACAGGACUGCGCACCAUCUAGUUAUGAUUCUCCAGACUCGUGCAGCCGAAUGAGACGUUAUGCACCCUGCUUUGAUUGUUCUGGGAAAGGGGCUCGUUUGUUUUCUCAAAUUGUUCACGCAGCUCUUCCUUUUAUCAGCCACUUUAAAACGACAUUGCUAAAGACUGUGUUAUUUUACAACCACGAUUUCUCUCUGUCGUGGCAUUAUAUUUGUAGAUGAACAUAAUGUUUAUAUCUCAGGCAAAUAGAGUUAUAUAGUUCUAUUUAAAGCAAAAUACCCAUCUAUUACACUGUAUAAAUAGAAACCAGUGGCUGCUUUACUGGGAAUAAGAUAGAAGAAGUCUGAUAUUGUUUAAAAACAGCUUGCAGAUUUAUGUGCUUUUUUUUAAUAAUGAAGGUUUAAAUGAAGGAUUUAAUCAUCAGUGUAAAGGAAUCUAUGUGGCUGUCUAACUCCCAUUUUUCAGCCUAGGAGUUAGAAAUCCUAAACUCUUUAUGCACUUUCUCAAGGGGACUUUCUUUCCCUGUAUAUUACAGUUACAUUUUUUAAAAAGCAGCUAUUUUGUCACAGUUUUUUUUUUUACUUCAAAUUGCUUUUUCAACAUUAUGUUAAAAAGAAAAGGAAAAAUAUGAUCUAAGGAAAAAAAUAGCAAUUUCAAGAGAGUAAAUUUUUUCAUCUUAACUUUUGUGGGUGGAGAAGGUAAGAUGUAUGUUGACAUGUAAUAAUAUGAUGGGGAUGUUUCAAUAAGUGUCUGAGGAUAGUGUUUGGGAUUUUAGCACUAUGACUAGCAGGGAAAUGUUAUAUAUGCUAGUGUCAUUUUCAUAACAAGAAAAAAAUCAACAACAAAAAUGAAUUGUACUAUGAGAACUGUAUUUUCUCCAGUAUCCAAGUUAUUUGUUUAGCUUUGUCAAAGAUAACUUUUCUUACUUUGCAUUUAUUGAGUUUUAGUGAUGUGUAUUAAUGCUAUGUUUAUUUUCCUUCCAAAUUUGAUGUAAAUGAUAAUACAAUUUAAAAUUUUGAGUGUUUAUAGUAAAUGUUAUUUUCAUUGUCUUUUCUAUAAAUAAAUCGUUCCCUUUUAUAAUUA